GCACGCAGACACAUGCAAUAAAAAUUCGAAUUUCAGUUUUUUUCUCUCUCCGAAACGUACUAAAAAAGUUUUCUUCCACCAAAAAGGAAAAAGCGUAACGCGCCGCUAGCAAAUAAUUUUCGCAGACCGUUAAACACUGCGCUAGUUACAAUAAUAAAAGUGCGUAAAAUUUGCGUUCGUCAUCAACAUCUUGCAGCACAAUAGUUGUGACCCACACCUUAUCAACCCCACCAUCACCAUCUACCUCUACCACCUAACCAGCGAAAUUGCAGGGUAUUCUUAUAGUGUCAGUAAAACUUUUGCAGACGAUAAAAGCUUGAAGAAAAUGAAUUCGGAAAACGUUGCGGAACUGAAGAAGCCCGUUAAGGAUCAGGUGGAGGAGAAGCCGAAGCCUGCACAACCGGAAACACCGAAAACCCCAUCCUUGCCGGUGAGCAGCUUAAUUGGCUUCAACACCGAGGACUUUCUGGCGCGUGUCAAUAUGAAUGAGAAGAUUAAUAACAUUUUACGCUCGCCCACAAAGACACCGAACGGUGUGCGCCAACGCUCCGUUUUCACGGCCAUAACGCCGUCAUCGUCGCGCUUCAAUGCCAGCGCUGCUCCUUUUGUUUCGCAGCAACAACGUUCGUCGGUCACUGCCGCCAACACUGGCACAGCAGCUGGUGCCGUUAUGACGCCCAAGGAGACGUCCACGCCGUCGGCCGCAUUGCAGGCUCGUCAAAUGCCCAUACCGGUGCACAUGAGUGCAGCCUCUCCGCAUCAUUAUGGUGGCUAUGAGACGCCACUAACUGGACGUAGCGGUGGCAUGACAAGGGGUGUUUUUAAUACUCGUUAUCCGGUAGCACCGCCGCCAUCGCCAAUCUAUGGGUUUGAAAAUGAAAUGUGCCGCAUGCCGCCUACCAUGUCACCCUCUCAUCACGCACAACAGUUUCCGCAACCCAUGCCGCCACCACCCUACGCAGUCGGACGUUUGAGCGGCAGUCACCGUGGUGUUGAGUACGAAAAUCCAACUCCGCCACCUUGCCCCGGUGCCGGCCCCAUUGCCAUGACUAAUGGCACCAUACAACUGCGUCUGCGCGAUGGCAUACGCAUUGACAUGACGCUGGACAAGGCGGUGCGCGUUCUCAAUCAGCGCAGCAUGGUGGCCAUUGCUCUGUCGCGCAAUUGCAGCAACUCGGCGCUGAUUCAUCCAAACGGACGUAUAUUGCAGAGCGGUUCCAAAGUGGAGAUAGUCACCUAUGAUGGCAUGAAAACCAAUAACUAUGUUCGCUAUGCUAAAAUGUGGUAUAAAGGCGUCAGCUUCACUAGCGAAUCUUGUGCUUUGAUCUAUCUUGUGGACACGGCUGGCACGCGCACCACCACCGAUACCUUCACUGAUCUCACGAAGGAUUACACUUUGACUGUGUUUUAUGAGUGCGUGGAAAACUUGAAAAAAUGUCAAUUCUCUUAUUUCAAUCGAAACUCAUUUCAUUGUAGUGACUCCCGCCAUGGUCCGUCCUAUGUGCAGGAUGCUAACGAAGUAAUACAAAAUUCCACAUAUUCUUGCACAGAUGAGGGCACUGAAAUCUAUGAAAUUAAUGGUUUCCGCAUCACGCAGGCCGCAGAUGGACUCGUAAAACUGACACGCACUCAUAACAAGUGUUUGAUACGCACCAGUCCAGGCAAUGGUUCGGCCACUUUGACUACGCCGGGUAUUCACUGUACAGCCUCGUUGGGCAAAACUUCACAUUUGUUUGUUCGUCGUAAUGAAAAACGUAUGCACUUCGAUGGAUCGUGCUUCAUCGUACGCAAUGCUGGACAUUCGGCCGGCUUCAACGAAAACAACUUAUUGAUCGUUUAUUAAAGCUACGCAUGAAAACUGCGAAAAAAACACUUUUGCCAAAAGAAAAAACUCAAAAAAUAACACAAAAAAAAAAACUAAAACGAAAAAUAAAGAAUGACGAAUAAUCAGCGAAAUUAAAAAACGAAGGCGAUUGCAUGAUGACAUAACAAAUCAUAAACAACAAGCACUUUUAGAUGCAAAAAAAAAGCGGAGCGUAUAAGAGGAAAUUAAGAUUACGUAAAGAGAAUUAUGUGUAACAGAAAAGGAAGAGAAGAAAGAAAUUCAAUUAACAAAACAAAAAGAAAAUAGUAGUAAAGUGCAGCGCAUAGAAAAUUAUAGAAAGUUGUUAUGAGAAAAGUUUUUAAGAAAAUUCAAGAAAAAAGCGCACAUAAGCAGUUAACAAAAUACCGUUAUAUGAUAGACGCUUUGCUAGUAGAAUAUAGUUACAAAAUACAAAAAUACCGUUAGAAAUAAUUUUCACGCUUAACAAAGUCUCAAAUUUUAGUUAGUUUUUUUUCAAUUUCUCUUUUCAUAACAUUUACGCAAAUCAGCGUGUGUCUCGGCUGAGUUUGAGUGUGAAGAAAAAAAACGAAAAAACACGAAGCAACAAUUAACGGCAGCAUAAAAUUUCGAAUAAACAGAAUAUUGUCUAGUUUUUUAUUAAGUUAGCCGAGUUUUCUACCAACUUAGCAGAGUUUUUUAUACCAACUUAGCCGAGUUUUUUACCAACUUAGCCGAGGUUUUUACCAACUUAGCCGAGUAUAAUGAAAUUUUCAACUCUUUAGCACCCUUAACUUUCUAGUACUGCCCAUAUGCUUACGCAAAUAGCUCACUAAAUAUUUUUAUUUAAUUUGUUCCCGCAAUCUAGCAAUAAUUUAGUCUCUAUAACUUUUUAAAAAAUAAUUGUUUCCAGCUCUCCACGAGGAUCACCCUCAUAUUAACUCAGUUUUUUUAAUAGCUUAACCAAAUUUUAGUUUCGAAAGUGUGUUUCCAAAUUUACCGUUACGAUUUUUAGUAGAAUAGUGCAAGCAAUAAUCGCAUGAUAACAGCAAAAAAAAGUUUUCAACCUAUUUAUGUAAAAAAUCUACAAAAAAAAAAUAUAUAAAAAUUAAAUCUAAAAAAUUAAUCUUAAAAAAAUUAAAAAUAGUUGUAAACCAAAGAAAAAAGCAACAAAACUACUAUGUAUAAUGUUUCGCAUAAUUUGCUCCCAACUAUCCUACAACAAGUCUUCAUACUUCUACAACAACUUUCAACUAAUCAAACUUAAUCAACUAUAAACUCUACAAAUCUAAUCGAAAAGCAGAAAGCCAAAAAGGAUAACUUGCCGUCUAGACUAUUGUGUGCAUGAAAUGUGAGUGGUAAGGGAAAGUUAUCCCGUUCAACACGUCCGGUGGAUACAAAAGUGUCACAGUAGCAGAAUUUUUAAGUAUUCUGUCGAGUAAUGCCAUGAGCAGAAUAGGAAAAAGAACAAAAUGGAACGAAAUAACCAAAAAAUGCUUCAGUCAGUUAGCUACGAAUACAUGUAGAUACUUACAUAUGUACAUACAUAUACAUAUAUAUAAAACAGCAUAUUCAAAAAUUGCAGUGACUGCAAAUCUCAGCGAGAAUAUUAAAAAGUGCAAUUAUGGCGCAAGCAGAGCAAUCAAAUGAAGCCUUCGCAAAGUGUGAGCAAAGAUCAAAGCGGAGAAGAUAAAAAAUUGCUAUAGCAGUCACACAUUCGCUGAAAUAUAUGUAUAUAUAUAUAAUGGUACCCGCAUCUGCAUUUAUACAUAAUACACAAACUUAUAUAUAUGUGAUAGAAAUUUAGCAUAAUUUAAUAUAAUAUUUUUUUUUUUUUCAUUUUAUAAAUGUUAUUUGCAUCGUUAGUUCCUAAUUAAUA